CCCUAGAUGUCGGUGCCCGAGCCAUUGCCACACCUAUUCCCAAGUCCCUGAACGGCCUACCCUGGGAAAUACAGACUAUGCAUUUGAGAUGGCUAUUUCGAACAUCCGAUAUGGAGAAGGAGUUACUAAAGAGAUUGGCAUGGACCUGCAGAAUCUUGGUGCUAGAAGAGUUUGUUUGAUGACAGAUAAAAACCUCUCCCAACUCCCUCCUGUAAAUGCAGUAUUGAAUUCCCUGGCAAAAUAUAGUAUAAACUUUCAGAUGUAUGAUAACGUCCGGGUGGAACCAACAGACCAAAGUUUCCUGGAUGCCAUUAAAUUUGCUAAAAAGGGAGAGUUUGAUGCCUAUGUUGCUGUUGGAGGUGGGUCUGUAAUAGACACUUGUAAAGCUGCCAACCUGUAUGCGUCCAGCCCUACAUCAGACUUCCUGGAUUACGUCAAUGCUCCUAUUGGGAAAGGGAAGCCUGUCACUGUGCCCCUCAAGCCACUUAUUGCAGUUCCUACGACAGCUGGAACUGGAAGUGAAACCACUGGUGUUGCCAUUUUUGACUUCAAAGAACUAAAAGUAAAAACUGGUAUUGCUUCAAGAGCCAUUAAGCCAACAUUAGGCAUCAUUGAUCCUUUACACACGCUGUCUAUGCCUGAGCGAAUAGUGGCCAACAGUGGCUUUGAUGUGCUUUGCCAUGCUCUAGAAUCGUACACUGCUCUUCCUUACAACAUGCGCAGUCCCUGCCCUUCAAAUCCAAUCAACCGACCAGCUUACCAAGGCAGCAAUCCCAUCAGUGAUGUCUGGGCUGUUCAUGCUCUGCGCAUUGUGGCUAAAUAUUUGAAAAGAGCCAUCAGAAACCCUGAAGACUGUGAAGCAAGAGCCAACAUGCACCUAGCAAGUGCUUUUGCUGGUAUUGGCUUUGGCAAUGCUGGUGUCCAUCUCUGCCAUGGAAUGUCUUACCCUAUUUCUGGUUUGGUGAAAACUUAUAAACCAAAGGAUUAUAAUGUGGAUCACUCUUUAGUGCCACAUGGCCUUUCUGUGGUUCUGACAUCCCCAGCAGUGUUUGCUUUCACAGCACCGAUACAUCCUGAGCGGCACUUGGAAGCUGCAGAGAUACUAGGAGCUGACAUCCGCACUGCCAGAAUCAAAGAUGCAGGGUUUAUUUUGGCAGACACGCUCCGGAAAUUCCUAUUUGAUCUGAAUGUUGAUGAUGGCUUGGCUGCAAUUGGUUAUUCUAAAGCAGACAUCCCUGCAUUAGUCAAAGGCACUCUGCCUCAGGAGAGAGUGACUAAACUAUCACCACGUCCCCAAACAGAAGAAGACUUAUCUGCUCUCUUCGAGGCUUCCAUGAAGCUUUAUUAGCUUAAACAUUUUGUUCUGAAAAGUGUGCUCUAUUCUAACACAAAGGUAAUUUCUUAUAGAUAUGGCGCUGACUGUUUAGAGAAUGGAAGAACGUGGGUGCCUCUGACUUCUGUUCCAUUGUACACUGCCAAAAGGUCAAGUAAUUCAUCUUUAACUAAAUAGUGCUUUGAAGUGAAUGCUUGACUGGGGUUUUUUCUUGCUCAGUAGUCAGUGGUAUUAACUUGCAUAAAAGUUGGAGCAGAUUUCUCACUUUACUGAAGGCUUUAGAGGUGGUCAAAGGUGGAAAAAUGUUUUGAGGGAUAUUCUAAACCUUUUAGCAAGUUAUGGCUUUUAUUUAAAUUGUCCAUGUUUUUUUUUAAAAAGUCAUGCUAUUCGGGAAAUAAUUGAGGUAAUUUUUAAUUAGGGAGGGGGAGUCCCCUGCAGAAGAUGUCAGCUUACUGUAUUCUGUUCCACUUUAUCAUCUUUUUACCAUCUGGCUUCACUAAGAAGGCUGUUGAACUGGGGUACUUUUUUGUUGUCUGGUUAAGAAAAAACCUACACACUUCAUACAUGUUUGGAAAAGGCUUCCUGA